UUGACUUGAUUUUCUUGUAACCAAGGAAGAAAGCUGCUAUAUUUUCUUCCCGCAUUUGCGUUUUUCCGACCACUUCUUCGUCUCCCGCACUGGGGAACAAUUGAGAAAACCAUUAAAACCUUACUGCAAACCCACUGGAAACUUCACUAAGAGCUCGCGCUUGACACCCAUGAUUAGAUUCUUCUUCCAUUCUUUGAUAUACUGCCUCUCAACUGUGUUGUAGCCGCGAUUUACAGCGUCCUGUCGGGCCAUAGACUGUUAGGCCUCCGUUCGAAGAUGAGAUCCGGAGUGGCGGCCUUCCUUAUUCUCCCCAUAUUCUUAGUUAUUUUUUUGUCUGCGACGCCAGUAGAACCUGCGGUGGCGAGCAUAGAUCUAGGUUCCGAAUGGAUGAAAGUGGCAGUGGUCAACUUGAAGCCUGGCCAGAUUCCUAUCUCCAUCGUCAUCAACGAGAUGUCGAAGCGCAAAUCCCCAGCGCUCGUUGCCUUCAAUGCCGGUAAUCGCCUCGUCGGCGAGGAAGCUGCGGGGAUCACCGCACGUUACCCAAGUAAAGUGUACUCUCAGGUUAGGGACAUGAUUGGGAAACCCUACCAGUACGUGAAAGACAUGAUCGAUUCGCUGUACCUGCCUUUCGAUCUAGUGGAGGAUUCUAGAGGAGCGGCAGGAUUCAAAACGGAUGAUGGGGUUGUGUACUCGGCGGAAGAGUUGCUGGCGAUGAUCCUCCGAUACGGAAUGAGCUUGGCGGAAUCACACCCGAGGUCGCCGAUCAGGGAUGCGGUGAUCGCCAUUCCGCCUUAUUUUGGACAGACAGAGCGGAGGGGGGUUCUUCAGGCAGCUCAGCUGGCUGGAAUCAAUGUGCUGUCUCUCAUUCAUGAGCAUUCUGGAGCUGCUUUGCAGUAUGGCAUUGACAAGGAUUUUUCAAACGAGUCCCGGCAUGUAAUAUUCUAUGAUAUGGGCUCCAGAAAUACCUAUGCUGCUCUAGUUUACUUUUCAGCAUACAACGCGAAGGAGUUUGGAAAGGCUGUGUCUGUUAAUCAGUUUCAGGUCAAAGAUGUCAGAUGGAAAACAAAUCUUGGAGGACAAAAUAUGGAAUUACGUCUAGUGGAACAUUUUGCUGAUGAGUUUAAUAAGCAACUUGGGAAUGGGGUUGAUGUGAGGAAUUCUCCCAAGGCAAUGGCUAAAUUGAAGAAACAAGUUAAACGCACGAAGGAAAUCCUUAGUGCAAACACUAUGGCCCCCUUAUCAGUUGAAUCACUUUAUGAUGAACGGGACUUCAGAAGCACUAUAAGUCGUGAGAAAUUUGAAGAACUUUGCGAGGAUUUAUGGGAGCAAUCCCUAGCACCUGUUAAAGAAGUUCUGAAGCACUCUGAUUUGAAGGUCAAUGACAUUUAUGCUGUAGAGCUUAUAGGUGGAGCCACUCGGGUGCCAAAAUUACAGGCCAAACUCCAGGAGUUUCUUGGAAGGAAAGAUCUGGACAAGCACCUUGAUGCUGAUGAAGCAAUAGCUCUGGGUUCAUCAUUGCUUGCUGCUAAUUUGAGUGACGGAAUAAAGUUGAAUCGCAAGCUGGGAAUGAUUGAUGGUUCAUCUUAUGGAUUCAUGGUUGAAUUAAUCGGUUCUGAUCUUGUGAAAGAUGAAAGCACGCAAUUUUUACUCGUACCAAGGAUGAAGAAAAUGCCGAUCAAGCUGUUCAGGUCUAUCAAACAUAACAAAGAUUUUGUUGUCUCACUCAGUUAUGAAAGUGCUUAUGAAUUACCACCAGGUGUAUUUUCUGUCCAAUUUGUGCAGUUUUCAGUUUCUGGACUUACAGAAGCCACUGAGAGGUACUCAGCUCGUAACCUGUCCUCUCCUAUCAAAGCAACCAUGCAUUUCUCUCUCAGCCGGAGUGGUUUGGUUUCUCUUGACCGAGCCGAAGCAGUUAUUGAGCUAUCUGAAUGGGUUGAAGUACCUAAGAGUAUCAACACUGCAGAAACUAAUGCUUCAAAUGCUCUGAAUGCUACUGAAACUCUGAAUUUAUCCACUGAAGGAAGCCCUAUGGACAUCCAAGACAGCAAGAAGGAAAUUCCGAAUACUGAAAAUGAAACAAACUCCUCUGAUGUCAGUGCAGAAGUCAAUGACAAUGUGGGAGCUGAAACUGAGAAGGUCUUGAAGAAAAGAACAUUUAAGGUUCCGUUGAAGAUAGUGGAGAAACAAAUUGGCCCUGGUGUUCUCUCGAAGGAGAUGUUGUUUGAAGUAAAAACUAGGUUGGAGGAACUUGAUAAAAAGGAUUUGGAAAGACGAAGGACAGCAGAACUCAAAAAUAGUCUGGAGGAAUAUAUUUAUUCUACAAGAGAGAAGCUUGAUGACAAUGAGGAGAUUAAGAAAAUUUCAAGCCAGGAGGAGUUACGCUCUUUUGUUGAGAAACUUAGUGAGGUUCAAGAUUGGUUGUACACUGAUGGGGAGGAUGCUUCAGCUAAUGAAUUUGAAGAGCGGUUAGACUCAUUGAAAGCUAUUGGGGAUCCAAUAUUUUUCAGAUUAAGCGAGUUAACUGCUCGUCCAGCUGCUUAUGAAAGUGCUCGAGUUUAUCUUGGUGAUAUUCAAAAGAUUGUUGAUAACUGGGAGAAAAACAAACCAUGGCUUCCAAAAAGUAGAGUUGAUGAGAUUCUGAGUGAUGCUGACAAAGUCAAAAUCUGGUUACAAGAUAAGGAGGCCCUCCAAAAAGAGACUUCUCACUUCAUUAAACCGGCCAUCACAUCAGAAGAGAUAUAUGACAAGGUUUCCGAACUUCAGGACAAGAUAUCUAGUGUCAACAGAAUUCCAAAACCCAAACCAAAAGUUGAGAAAGCUCCGAAGGAGGAAGAAUCAACAAGCAAAGAAAACUCUACUAAUGCAUCUAACUCGAAUUCAGAUGAGAAUUCCACUCAGAAGGAUCAAUCCACAGAAGAAUCAUCAAGUUCCCCCAGCACCAACGUAGAACCUGAGCUUCAUGAUGAAUUGUAACCGAAUGAAGCUAUAAGCAAUGCUGUUUCAUAUAAACAGUGCGACAACAUCUCUGAUGAACAUGGCCACGGCAAGUAUUCUUGGAGUUUACGAGAGCCAAUACAGGAUCUUCGGAAUGUUUUUAUUUUCUACUUUUCUUAUUAUUGAUUUGAGAUAAUCACCAGAGUUAUAGGUAGAAUUAGGUCCUGCAAACAGAAGUUUUGGUAGGCUUAAAAAGGUUUUGAGUUUAGACUCCCGCAUUGGCGCACACCCAGACAUUAAGCACAACCUUUUUUUAAUAUUCAAGAUGUCAGAUUUCAGAUUAUACUAUAAGCAUGUUAAACGUGUUCAUUCAUAUUUCACCAGUAAGCUCUGUGGUGUUAACAUUUACGAUUUUAUCAGCAGAUAAAACAUUUUACCUUUA